AUGGUGCCAAAAUCCACCAAGGGCAAGGGAGUGGCUAAGGAUGCCGGAGCCGCGGAGCCGCCGGAAAAUUCCUCCUCGGUGAACCCAGAGGACGUGGACGCCGUCAUCGAGGGCGUCGCCAAGGCCGUCAUGGCGGACGCCGAGAAGAUCGCCGCCGAGGAGGCCGCCAAGGACGCUGCCGAGGACACCGCCGAGGGGCUUACCGGUGAGGCCAGCAAGGCUGCCGCUGAGGAGGCCGACAAGGGGCCUGCCGGGGAAGCCGGUGGGGCCGCUGCCGAGGAGGAGGAGGAGGCUGGCGACCAGCCUUCCCCCUCUGCUGCUUCCGGCUCCGGUGCGUCGAGCACCAAGACACCCGUUGAGGGAGAGGUGUUCGACGACGAAGUGCUCGCCGCUACCGGGCUUGAAGUCGUCGACGAGCCGAUCGGUGGCGACGGCUCGCUGGAGGAGCGGCUCCUCCAUGCCAUGGGCGCCUGCUUCCGGAAGCUCCAGGACUGGUUCUGCGAGGCCCACAAGGAGCUCAAGGCUGCCCAGGGCGAGCAGGCCAAGCGCAACGUGGAGCUCACCAUGAAGCUCGCCGACGUCGAGAAAGCUCAGGCAACGGCGAAGAACUUGGCCGCGGCCGCCGAAGCCGCUCGGACCCAGCGUGAGGCCGCGCUGAACUCCCAGGAGGAGGACCUCGCCGCACGCGAGGCGAAGCUCGCCGCCAUGCUUCGCGGCAAGGAUGCAGAGGUGGAGAAGCUUGUCUUGUAG